GGCAAGCCCAAACCUUUGCCUAAGGUAAGGAGAGUUUCUGUCAUUUAUCCAAGGUCGAGCGCUGCAUAUAGUAGAAAGAGAGAAUCAGUCGAACUGUGGAGAGGCGCAAUGAAUCGGCGGACAAAUGUAGCGCUCGACCUUGGACACAUGGUAUAGCUACAAACAUACUAAUAACAAAUGCUGACUUUUGACGAAUUUAAACAUUUUUUUUUGUAUUUGUACAAAUACAUAUUUGGAAGGAUUCUUUUCAAAUUUUUUUCCUGAUAAAGAAUCGAUCACGUGAAUGAACGCAUAUAAAUUAGAAACAAAUGUAGCCCACUAAUUUGUUUGCUGGUAGCCUUUAUAACCUAGCUAGCAUGUUAUUUUAAACAAUAUCUACAGAAUUUAAAAAUGUUCAAAUUUUGCUAUUUUUAUUUCAUUGGAAUUGCGAAUUUUUGGUGUUUUGUGCAAUGUUACAAUUAUUUGGCCGUGUUUCCUAUCCCAAUGAUCAGCCACAUGAGUGUAUUUUCUCCAUUAAUAAACAAAUUAGUUGAAAGAGGCCAUAAUGUGACUUUAGUGAGCGGCAUUCCAGAAAAAAGUGAUUUACCCAAUUACAAAAUCAUAGAUAUAUCUAACGACAUUGCGAAACUCAUGGAAGUGUUGAACAUAACUGUCGAAGGUAAGGAAGAUAUGUUUACACCCUACCAGGGCAUUAUUUUGACAUCGAUAAUGGCUGAUAAAAUCUGCGAAGGCUUAUCAUCUCCCAAAUAUCAAGAAUUGCUACGUGAAACCCAUACAUUCGAUGCCAUUAUCACUGAAAUAUUCAACACAGAUUGCUUCUUAAGCAUUGCUCACACUUUCGACGCGCCCAUCAUUGGUUUCAGCUCUUCUGCAAUAGUUUCAUGGAUGGAAGGUCGCUACGGAAUCCCUUCCAUUCCGUCUUUUAUACCCAAUAUCAUGGUAGCUUCAACGGAUAGGAUGGAUUUUCUUCAACGCCUCCAGAACACUUUAGUGUUUGUUUAUAAUCAUAUGUUUUUCACGCAUUAUAGACAGAGAAAAGAUAGGGAAAUUAUUAGAAAAUAUAUCGGUAACAGUGCUACUGAUUUGGAUACCUUCAUCAAGAAGACUAAUUUGGUGUUUAUUAAUACUCAUUUCACUAUGAAAUUAUCGAGACCUUUCGUUCCCAAUGCAAUUGAAGUUGGUGGUAUUCAUUUAAAGAAACCUAAAGUGCUACCAAAGAUACUAAAAAAAUGGGUAGACGAAUCACCACACGGAGUGAUAUAUUUCAGCAUGGGUUCAUUCAACAAAGGCAGCACAUUUCCCAAAGAAAAAAUGAAAGCCUUCAUCGAAGCCUUCGAACUUCUACCGCAAAGAGUCAUCUGGAAAUGGGAAUCUGAGACCAUGGAAGGAAAAACCGACAAAAUUUUACCCUAUAAAUGGAUACCCCAACUCGAUUUAUUAUGUGAUCCCAAUGUAAAACUCUUCAUAUCUCACGCGGGUCUCCUGGGUAUUACGGAAGCAGUCCAUUGUGGCGUUCCACUCGUACUUAUCCCUCAGUUCGGCGACCAGCACAACAACGCUAAGUGCAUGGAAUCCACUGGAGCAGCGGUCAUACUGCCCAUUUCAAAAAUAACUAAAGAAACUGCUUACGAAGCAUUGUCGAAAGCUUUGAAUUUAAGUGAUAAUAUGAAGGAGCUUUCUAAUCGGUUCAACGACAGGCCGAUGUCUCCUCUAGACACUGCGGUUUAUUGGUCGGAAUACGUGGUAAGGCAUAAGGGGGCCUAUUUUAUGAAAUCAGCGGCGAUUGAUCUACCUUUCUAUCAAUAUUAUUUAUUGGACGUGUUAUUAUUUAUUGUCAGUAUUUUACUACUUGUGACGUACGUUAGUUACCGAUUUUUAAAAUGUGUGUUAGGAUUGACUGGAAAUCAAAAUAGUAAGCGAAAGAAGGACUAG